UAAAUCCUUGCUUCCCCCCCGCCCCGUUCUUCCUCUUUAGUCCUCCUUCUCCGCACCCCUCUCUCUCUCUCUGUCUCUUCUUUCUCUCUCUACUGUUGCGUAGCUGCAGAGAUGGGCGUAUAGAGGGCAAGCGUAUAGCCUGCAGAAAGAAGCUGACAAAAGUCGACGACGACCGUAGCGUCCUUUCACUGCAACAACCGACACGUACUCGCACGCUUCGAUCCCCUCGCCACCACUUUCCACAGCUCGCUUCCACCCAUCUUCUCUCUCCUUCCACAGUCACCACCACCACCACCGCCACCGCCAUCGUAAAGAGCUGUUUCGCUCCCCCCUCGUCGGCGAGCGCGUGGCUCGAAAGCAUGCUCGAGACCGUGAAGUACCUCAUCGGCUCCCGCGGCCCCAGCGGGUACGGCUCCAAGUCCACCGCUGAGCAGGUCACCGACCGCCGCGAUCUCCGCUCUAUCACCGCCAUCAUCACCGGUGCGACGUCGGGAAUCGGAGCCGAGACGGCCCGGGUACUGGCGAAGCGCGGCGCUAGGCUGGUGCUCCCGGCUCGGAGCCUCAAGGCCGCGGAGGACGCCAAGGCUCGCAUCGCGUCCGAGUGUCCGGGCUCGGAGAUUGUCGUCAUGGCGCUCGAUCUCAGCUCGCUCACCUCCAUCCGCAACUUCGUCGCCGAGUUCGAGUCCCUCGACUUGCCUCUCAACCUUCUCAUAAAUAACGCGGGAAAAUACGCGCACAACCACGCCAUCUCCGAGGACGGCAUCGAGAUGACCUUCGCGACGAACUAUCUCGGUCAUUUCCUGUUGACGAAGUUGUUGCUCAACAAGAUGGUCGAGACGGCGGACGCCACCGGCGUGCAAGGGCGGAUCGUGAACGUGUCGUCGACCAUCCACGGCUGGUUCUCCGGCGACAUCAUCCACCAUCUCGGGCUCAUAACCCGCGACAAGAGUCAGUACGACGCGACACGUGCUUAUGCUCUCUCGAAGCUGGCCAACGUUCUGCACACCAAGGAGCUUGCUCGGAGACUCAAGCAAAUGGAGGCGAAUGUGACCGCGAACUGCGUUCAUCCGGGGAUCGUGAGAACCAGGCUCACCAGAGAGCGAGAAGGCUUCGUCACCGAUCUGGUUUUCUUCUUGGCAUCCAAGCUUUUGAAGACGAUCCCUCAGGCUGCUGCGACCACAUGUUACGUCGCGACGCACCUGAGGCUGGCGAACGCGUCGGGGAAGUACUUCUCGGACUGCAACGAGGCGUCGACUUCGAAGCUGGGGUCCAGCUCGCAUGAGGCCUCGAGGCUAUGGUCCGCCUCAGAGAUCAUGGUUUCCGGAGACCCGAAAGCAGCUUUCAGACCGCUCCAUCCAUCACAUUGAUUGAACAAGAAAGAAGAUGCACAAAGGAAAGCAAAGUCUGAUAAAGACAUAGGAAAGGAAAUAAUGGAAACCAAAAAG